AUGCCGGAAGUCCUGCAGCGCCUGCACAGCGGCGCAGCGUGUGUCUUCUACCACCAGGAGACGCGCAUGUAUCACGUUGGCAUCGCAUUUGCGGGCGACUCAUUCCAGGUCGCGUACUACGACCGCGCCGGAUGCGUCCUGUCGGGCCUCUACAACGUCCACGAGCAUCCGGGGACCCUGGUACGCCCCAUCAUGGGUCUCUCAUAUCUCGACGACUCGUACCUCGGCAAAGACACCUCGAUCGUCUCGCGCGACGGGCGAGAGUUCACGACCUUGGGCGGAGUCGAGAUCGUGGAGUGCCUCUCCGCCGACAGCGACAUCCUCAGCAAAGGGACGAUCUGCUGGCGCUGCUGCAUGCCUGGCUCUUCCGCGCAGAUCGUCAUCAAGAGCAAGUGGCGGGUGUUCGACCCUUACCGGCCCAAGGAAGUCAAACUCCUCCAGAAGGCGACGGGGAUUGAUGGCGUGGCGCAGCUUGUCUGUGAGGACGAAGUUCAGCACGCCAAUGGUUUGCCGCAGGAUACGCUGUGGCUGCGGGACGCUCUGCAGGUGCCCGGGCGCAUCGCCAUCCUUCGCGACCAUCCACGGAUGGAACUGCGCCGCAUGGCCAUGCGACCCUUCGGGCGGGGCUUGGAGGAUUUCGUGUCCAAGGAUGAGCUACUGGGUGGCUUCCACGAUGCGAUAAAGGUGCCACAUCAUCGUCUGUACAAGGACAGAGGCAUCCUCCACUGUGAUAUCAGCGACAACAAUGUGAUGCUGCGCAAGCCCGACGAGUACUUUCGAUCCAGAGGUCUGCUAGUCGACCUCGACUGCGCCGUCUUCGUGGACGAGCGAACUCAAAUGGGCCCGAAGGGUUGUAGCAAGGGAACCCACCCCUUCAUUGCCUGCAACGUCCUGAACCCCGCCCGCGCCGAGGCACGCGCUCCUUGGCACGACCUCGAGUCCUUCCUCUAUGUCCUGAUGUACAUCUGCGCGACCUGCUCCGGCCCGUGCGACACGCUGCGCGAGGACUUCGACAUCGACGACUCGCCCAUGGGGCCCUGGCUUGCGGGCGACUAUGAGCACAAGACGCGCGUGAUGUUCGGAUACGACGACGCUGCGUUUCGCGCGUUCCUCGACGAGCUCUUCGACCCGUACUUCAACGACCUGAAGGACCUGGUGGUCGACCUCCGCCGCGUCAUCACGCGUACGCCACCGUUCCGGGCGGGCCAUGACGAGGUCUGCGGGGUCUUUGAGAGGCGCAUGGAGGCGAGAGUUGCGGCGCGCGGCGAGGGCGCGGCUGCCAACUCGCGCAAGGAGGGCAGCCCAUCGGAGGGUAGCCCGUCCGCAGGUCCCUCGACAGGCAACUCCUCAGCUGGUGCUACGAGAGGCAAACCCUCCGCGGGCUCCUCGGCGGGCAGCUCCUCGGCGAGGCCUUCGGCGAGCAGCAAGCGGAAGUAUGCCUCACGGGACGAUCACGAUGGCGAUGGCGACAGCGCUGGCGGCCAGUCGCCGUCGCGCGGGUGCAAAGACUCGAGCCGGCCGAUGCCAUCCAUCAAAGACUCGAGAACCUCCCUUUCAUCCAGCGAUGACUCGCGCGAGGCCGCUCUGGAUAGCAGCCCAGUUCGCUCGAGCAGCUCCCUUCGCUCUAGUUUCUCCCUCCUUUCCUCUUCCUCCAGCGACCCAUUUCCUUCUCUCGAUGAAUUCAAGCGCAUGCCGCUUACCUCGCAAUCCGGGUCCGCCGCGGUGUCUUCGGAUGGAGAGCGUGAUUAUGGAAGAGAAGAGGAUAAGUCCAGGAUGUUCGUGCAGCUGAUAACGCAACCCUCGAAGCGGCGACGAGUCGAGUGAUAGCGCGCAAACCGCAUCUAGAUCUGUAUAUACCUGUAUUUUGUGUACACCUGAUCUCUGCACCCUCGUCUUACUCCCUGGAUAUCGUGCGAGUCUCUAACGUAGCAGGUCUCGCUCGACGUAUUGAUCCCACCAGUGAAGGAC